AUGCCCUCCGUCGCCUCCUUCAUGAUGCCUGCUUGCAAGUGCGUGACCGCGUGCCCGGAGGACAAGUUGCGCUCCGUGGUCGACUCCCUGGUCAACGAGAAGAUCGGCUGCGUCGUCGUCGUCGACACGCUCUCGAGAAAAGCCGUGGGCAUCAUAACGAAGCAGGACGUGAAUAGGUACUUUCUCUCUGAGUUCUCGGAAGAAUUUUUUCAGUUCGUCUCCUCCCGCGCCACCCCGCCGCAGAUCCCUCUGGACACGCCAGUCAGCGAGGUCAUGAGCACCAACCUGCACCCGGCGAGGCCCGACAUGCACAGGGACGACGCCGCGGAGCUGCUCCAGCGCGAGAAGAUUCACCACGCGAUCGUCGUUGGCGAGGACGGGAAGUUUGUCGGUAAGAUCCAAAACUACAGAUCAGAUGACGCUCCACCGGUGUCGUUACCUGCGUGGCCGUACAACAGGGAGACGGGAUGGACCAAGUUCGGGGCGAAGAGCGGUAACGGCAAGUAG